AUGAGGCAGGAACCUUUACCAAGAUACCUUUUGCCAACGCUGGUUAUGAAGAAAGCUAUUGAAAAGAAUGCUAAAGAAGAUGAAACACUCACAUUUACUUUGGAGAAGUUGGACAACGAUAGACAGUUAGCGCUAUGCCAGGUUUGGGGUAAAAAAGAGGCUUUUAUCAGAGGGACGGCAAAAAAAAAUUAUCGGUCGAGGUUUAGGCGGAAAAUAUCCGUUGAUGAUCUUGGAAUGAUGAAUGAACACAUUCCAACGUGCGCUGCAAGUGGAGAAAUGUGUUCGGCUUCAAGGAAAACAAAGAAUAAUCAAGCAGAAGUAGGUGAAACAAGUCUAGAACUUUCUGGGAAAAUAUCGUUGAAGAAUGGAAGGAAAUCUUCUCGAGCCAGUUACAUAGAUAAACUACCCAGCUUAAAUGAUAAUCACCAAAGCGCUAAAUGUGGCCCAGAGAUUCAUAAAUCAAGACGAAUUUCAUUCGCUGCUUUCGAAACUCCACGUGAUCCGAGCAUUAGAAGCCGAUUCAAAAGGCGAGCAACCAUGCAUCAACUCUAG